UGUCAAUAUCCGGUCUGUCAUUUUGGAAAAGUUUGCAAACUUCAUAAAUUAUGUCAAAAAGUUUCUAAUAGUUUGCUUAUACACAAUUUAAUGCAAAUUAUGGUAUAAAUUAAAGGAUUUAACUUAUUUAACACUUAUGCAUACUAUGCACUUUUAAAGUGGGCGUGUAAUGUCGACGAAGGGACGAAUAUUAGGAAUACACAUCGGAUCAAAAUCAAAGAAGAAAUCAAAUGAUACAGAUAAUCGAGAUCAGAAUUCUACAGAUGAAGGCGAUCAGGUAGAAGCCACAAACAAAAUGACAAAAAGUUCCUCAUUAACCAGUAUACCUACCAGUGAACCAGAAAAACUCAUUGUGGAUCAGAGUGAUAUCAUUACGCUAACACAGGAUGUUAAAUGUUUUUCCGAUGGACUCAAUCGUCUUAAAACAGUAUUUGAAGAUCAUGAUUCUACAGAAGAAGUGAGAGUUACUAUUCAUGAAAGGCUUGGAGAAGUUCUGUCCAUAUUAAAGAAUUUACUACAUCGAUAUCCAGCCUUACAAUCUACAGAACUGUUUGCUGCAUCAGGAAGUCUAAUAACUAAAGUCAAAUCAUAUAACCAAGGCAGUUCUAAUCCUGAUGUCAAAGAUCCUAGUUUGUUUGAAGCUAUUGAUCAGCUAGCACUGGCAUUCAGUAGUGGGGUAUCAGACUACCUCAUGGGAGAUAUGGGCAGUGCAUUUUUGGAAAAAGGAACGAAAGGCACAAAGUCAUGUGAAGAUUUACUUUCUGCCAAGGAUGAAGAAAAAGGAGCAGAUUAUCAAAAUGAAGUAAAACAGUUAUCAACAGAAGAAAUUGACAGAGUGUUGUCUCAGUUAGAAGCAGGAGUAGACGUUGCAUUACAGAGGGCCAAGGCUUGGUCCAAGUACAUGAAGGAUAUCACCUCCUAUAUUGAACGCAAGGCUCAUUUAGAAACAGAGUAUUCUAAAAACUUGGCAAGACUGGCCCAGACUAUGCGACCUGUUUUAACAGAAGAGGGAUUUUUACCGUUACAAUCUGUGUAUUGUACAAUAUUAUCACAGGACAUAGAGUAUGCUAGUACAUGCCAGGCCACACAAAUUUUGUUACAGACUUCAAAAUUUGUCGAGCCAUUGACGGCCAGAAGGUUGGAACACGACAAAAUGAGAAAAUCUGUGAAAGAUUCUUGGAUGAAAGAAGUUAAGAAAAUGCAUGAAGCUGUACAAAGUCUCAGAAAAGCACAGGCCAUGUAUUUCCAACGCCAACAAGAAUAUGAGAAGGCCAAGGAACAAGCCAGUAAACUGGAGAGUGACAUGUUGAGUCAGAGUAGCGCUAGUGCUUUGACAAAGAUGGACAAACGCAGAAAGUUAGAAGAUGAUGCCAUGCACAGAAAAGUAUUUCACAAGGCAGCCGAAGCAGAGACGACAUAUAAAGCAUGUGUUGUAGAGGCUAACACAAGAAAGACCGACUUAGAGAAUACAAAGACUGAUUUAUUAGCAAAAAUAAGGGAGCAAAUAUUUCUGUGUGAUCAAGUCAUAAAAUCAGUUACAAUAGAAUACUUUCAUUUACUGCAAACUGUGACUGCUCCUAUACCUGUACAGUACCACACAAUAUCAGAGACCAGUAAACAGUAUGAAGUGGGCUUCCAAUAUGGGGAAUUUGUCAAACGAUUGCCUGUUACUGAUAAAAAUAGUAUGGUAGCUGAACCAUUUGCAUUUGAGCCUUAUAUCAAUGGUGCUAGAGAUUCUGGGAGGAAAACAAGUACACAGUCUACAGGGUCAGGAUCUUCUGAUCAUCAUUCACAAGACGAAUCCCCGUCAUUUUCAGUGGACAGAAAAGAUAAAUACAGGGUAGCGGUGAAGGCCUGGCCUGUUGGUAGCGAUACAGAUAGUGGUAGCAGUAAAUCUUCACCAAGUAAUAGUCCACACCAAACUGGCAGACGUACACUCACAACAGCAAAAUCAUUAGAUGAACUCACUGAAGCAGAGCAUGGGGGAGGUUUUCUACAGAUACCACCAUGUAUACUGAAAGGUGUAGAUGUAUCCAUACAGGGUACGAAUAAGGGAGGUGGUAAACGAAGGAAUACAACAUUUGGUGUAGACUUCCAAGAGCAGGUGGAGCAGUGGAAAUCAGCUGUUCCUCCUAUUGUUAAAAGAUGUUUAAAGGAAGUAGAACAAAGGGGAAUCACUCUGAGGGGUAUAUACAGAGUGUCAGGUGUGAAAAGUAAAGUUGAAGGUUUAUGUCAGAGAUUUGAGAAGGAUCCUGACUCGAUAGAACUAUCGGAAGAACAUCCCAACGUUAUAUCUAAUGUAUUAAAACUUUAUCUACGGCAGCUUCCAGAACCAUUAUUGACAUUUAAAAUGUAUUCAGAAUUUAUCCAUUUAGCAAAAGAAAGUAGCCAAGGUGCUUUGACAUUAGAUGAAACAAUAGAAAAACUUGGUGUUUUAAUAUCAAAACUUCCUUAUUCCAAUUUCAAAACUUGUGGAGUACUUAUGUAUCAUUUACAAAGAGUUGCCUCUUUUAACAGUGUAAACCAGAUGACAUCUAGUAACUUAGGUAUAGUGUUUGGACCAACCUUGCUCAGACCAUUGGAGGGUACAGCAUCUUUAGCCUCUUUGGUAGAUACUCCACAUCAAACCAGAACGGUAGAAUUACUUAUAACACAUGCACAAUUAAUAUUUGGACCAGAAACUGAGUAUGAGUUGAUACCAGGUGAAACACCAAUAGAACCAAUUACAGAAAAAUCAAAACCAAAACCUGACACCAGUACAAAAAUAGUUAUUACUAAAGAUGAUGUAAAACCAGCAUCCAAAUCAUCCAAAGCAGCAUCCAGUCCUAACAUCUUAUCUGCAGAGAAAACUGUAGAUCAAUUAGUACAGGGAGACAAUGACAAUUCUGUUCAAUCAAAGACAUCAGACGCAGAUUUUGUAUUACCAGGGAGCGCUCAUUGUAAUAAAAAAGAAAUUGUGGCUUUAUCAGAUGGGGAAGAAAAUGGAGAUAUAGAUUCUGAUGGGGAUCUGCCUGAUACAAUGUUACCUGAUGACUCACAGCAUGCCUUACAUUCCAAUGCAUUUAAAGGAGAAAGUAGUAUGGUAUUGAAUAGCAAUCAUGAACAUCAUUUUGUCAGACCGCCUGAAAUUGUGAAACGUUCCCCACCUCAGCAACUAAAGAUACAGCCUGCCACCAUACAACCUUUAACACUGGAAAAGAAGAAAAUAAAUCUUCCCACAAUAACUGUUAUAGAAAGUAGUCCUAUCAGAGAAUACCCGCCACAACACAACUUUGCAGCCACGCUUGCCCAAACAACAACGCAAUCCAAUUCUACUACUCAUGCCUUGUCGGAAAGCCAUCCAUUGCCAAUGGCUUCUCAUGAUUCACAAAUGAUAUCUAAUACAGAAACACCUACUAUCCAGGCAUUGAUAAAAGCAACUAAAGCUACAUUCUCCAUAGAGCAGUUCAAAUCUCAACCUUUACUCACAGCGCAAACAGAUACAGAUUCAUUAGCCGUGGAAAAGCAGGUUAUUUUACCACAGGUUGAUGUGGAGAAACCUGACGAUGAAGACUCAAACAAUAAUGCUCCCACAAAGCCAAAACCUUCAGACUUACCUCCCUUGAACACAUUGACAAUCACUUGUCCUUCGUCACCACUGCUUCAACGACAUGCUUUAAUGCAAGCUCAGAAAGAGGCUGGGAAUAUAUCACCUCCUGUCCUUCGUAGAAAUACAUCCACGAAAAGAUCACCUCCUUUAUUUAGGACUUCACUGACUGACAUUGGGAAUAAGUCUAGAGAGGCAGAUGGUCACAUGGGUAGUUUAUCUCCUAAAAUGUCACGAAGAUUCUCAGGACAGGGAGGUUCUUUGUCUGGAUUAUGGACAAGAUCUUCUUCCUCACUAGAUAGUAAAGAAGGGAGUAUUUCUCCUCUCUCUGUUCAUACGAAUACAUCAGAUAAAACAGAUGAAACUGCAAGCGCUGAUAUGGAAAUAGAUGAAAAUAAUACAUUAAAUUUGGAUAUGACAGUAAGAUCAGGUAUGUUUGAUACCAUGAAUGUGAAAAAAACAGAUAUGAAAAAGAAUGUGACAUUUUCUUUAGACUUAGAUACACAGUCCUUGUCAUCUGAUAUUUCAAGUAAAGAUGAUGAUGACAUUCAUAUUGAUAUGUCCGUACAAUCUGCUGUACCCACAGUCAGAACUAAAACUGCUCAAAACAAAACAGAGCAAUCAAAGCCUGUAGUGAAAGAACGUAAAAAAAAAGGCCCAUUAGGUAUAGUUAUGGGCAAAGCUGCAAUAGCUGCGAGGGCGGUCAGUAGUGGUGCUCAUCGAUCAUUAAGCUCUCCCUCUGUCUCAUCUAGUCCUAAACAGCCUGUUACUAAAUCUGAUCCAAAACCUGAACGUAAACAUUCUCAUAGUCAGUGUGUGAUGGGGACAAGUGCAGCUCAUAGCAGUAGGACAGGGCAUAUUUCUUGUGCCACAUGUGGAAGGAGGAGAGCCGCUUCGCAGAGUAAUGUAGCUUCAGAACCACCUAUGAAACAACAGGCCAAAGGUAAACAAGCACCUGUUAGAAAAAUAUCAACUGAAUCGUAUCCACGCAAAACUACAGAUACAACUGCUUUAUCUAAAUCUGCUAGUACUCGGGAAUCAUCUGAUAAAAGUGGACAGAAGACAAGUAAGAAGUCUAAGACAGAAAGAAGACCUUUCUUUGUUUAAGGAUUUUUAUUUUGUUUUUGUUUGUCAAGCAAUUCUUCACUUUCUUUUCAUAUAUUAUGACCUUGUAAAUCUUAGCUGUAAGGUUGUUAUUUUAGUGGUAAUACUUAUUUAAAAAAUGCAAUAAUCUUUUUUUUUUCUAUGAAUUUUGUUUUAUAUAAUUUAUUAUGAUUUGAAGGACCAAAUUAUGUGGGGCAAUUUUAAUUUAAUGUGUUGUGAAAAAAAAAUGAAUGUUUUGGUUUCUUUUGAACAAACCAUCAGACAAGUCCUUAAUUUAACCAAAUUUUCAUGAUUUGACACAAAAGUGUUUGGUCAUUUAAUGCAUUUAAGAAAACCUUGUUGGUGCAUAUUUAUGUUUGUUUGUUUUUCCCUGCCCUUGACAUUUGUGCAAUAUAUAUGUUAAUUUCCAGUAAUAAUAUCAUUGUUGUUGUACAGAAGUGUACAUAGUUAUUAUAAAAUAUUUAUUAUAAGGAUGUAUCAUAAAUGUAUAUAGUAGGUUUUAGUAAAUUAGAAGAUUAGAUCAAAUUAAAAUGUUUGAUAUAUACACAUGUAUUUUAAUAUAGUAACAAAAAUUCAGUAUUUAUACAUGCAACCUCAAAUCUGUCAUAUUGCAGUAUGAGGUGUGUCUUUUUAAUUUCCCCAUUUUCAUUGAAAUUUUUUAAUUUUUUUUUGUAGAAUGCAAGAAUAUUUCAUUUAGACUGUAAAAUUCAAAACAAAACAUCAAGUUAACUCUUCAUGUCAAAUCAUAUUAAUAAAGGCAUUUUAAGGUUCACUUAUCUAAUUACCAAAUUUUAGAAGUGAAUUAAGGGCUUUUACAGAACUCCAAAACUACUGUAAAAGUCAUGGAAAACAUUUGGAAUAUUUCAUAAAUGUUAAAAACUCUUCAUUUCAUAAUUUGUUUUUGUAUUGUACGUUAGGAUGUAAAUGGAAAAAGGGGGAACCAUGAUAUACCACAGUGAAACACUUCCAUAGGAUUUUUAAUUUGUAUAGCUGUUAGUACAUUGCAAUCCUGGAUAUUUGAUUGUAGGCAUUUUUAUUUAAAUCAUAAGAAAAAGAAAAAAAACAAUGCUUGAAAUUGUUCUUUUACUAAAAGCACAGAAAAAGACCAUUUGUAGUUAUACAUAAAUCAAAUAUCUUAUGUAGUGUAGAUCAGAUUAUUAUUUUAAGAUCAUUCAUUGCGAUGUAUAAAGAAAAAGAUAUAGCCAAAAUUAAAAGUUGAGUUUAAAAAGAAAAUGCUAAGUGCUAUUUGCAAUUUUUCUAAGCACACAUUGUCAUUCUUCAACAUCUAAGACUAUUAUGCAGUAACAGAUGAAGGAAGCAUUUAUUCACGUUUUGUUUUUUGUUUUUUUAUGGAAAUAUUUUUUUUAUAGAGAUCUGCAACAUGAUGUGCAUGUUCAUCUUUUUUUUCCUAAUAUUUAUAGCUGUGAUAUUGCAAAUGAUUUCAUAAAUAAUGUUUUAAUUUUUUUAUAUAUAAUCUGGCCCCAAACUGUACCUUCUUUUGUAAAAAAUUGUGAACAUGAUUUUUUUUAUGCAGCUCAGGGGGUGAGCUUAGGUUAUAUACCUGAUGAGCAGUCAAAUGUCUGAAUUUCAUUGGUAAAAUUGUUUUAUUAUAAAAGUAAUUAAACUAUAGCUAAUCAUAAUAAUAUAACUGUUCUUUUGAUAAAGUUCUGAUGCCUAAUAUGCAAAUAAUGACUAAACCAUAUAAUAUUUAUGACUUGAAUUCUGUAUAAUAUAUGAUUGUGAUAGCUUUAAGUGACAUUACGUAGAUUUUAUUUAUAUAUCUAGUCACUCUUUCUCAGGUUAUAUGUAUUUCUCUGUACUUGUAGAUCUGUCCUCUGUGACUUUUUACUAUGUUUUGUUGUAAGAUCUGAAACAUUUAUAGAAUUCCUCAAUUUCUACUGACAUAUUUACUCAAUCUUGUCAUGUUUUGUAACUUUGUUUUGUUCUUUAAAAUUGUUAAGUGUUGAUAUAUUUGUUCAAAUUGCACAGAUAAGGAUCAGUUUAUCAGUUUUCAGAAAUUUUAUGAUUAUCAGAUAUUGCCCCUUACAUAUUAUUACAUGUAAGAUGAUUUUUUCAUACUUUAAGUUAAUGAGGGCCCUCAUGGGGUUUUUGAUUAUGUGAUUACUUGGCCGUUUUUUUUAAUGAUUAUUUGAUUAUUAAGCCAAAUAUUUCAUGAUUAUUUGAUUACCUAGGACUGUAUUUUUAGUUUAUGAUUAUUUGAUUACUAAAGAUAAGCAAAUAUUUAAUGAUUAUGUGAUUAUAUUGGCAAAAAAUGGUGAUUAUGUGAUUACUAGGACCCCCCCAUGAGGGGCCUCGUUAAUGUGUUUCUGGUUUCAAAAAGGGUUGUAAAUAUCCUCUAGUAGUAUAACAUUUAUAGAACUAAUUAAUUAUAUGCUAUUAAAAAGUUAAGAAUUCUUCUCCCAAAAAAAGCUAUUUUGAUUGCUUUGCUUGCAUCAGAUUUCAAAAUAUAUUUCAGUGAGAUUAAAAUUUGAAUAGCUAGUGCCAGGGGGAUUUGUAAUUUCAGAACUCUGUCAAUAACUUCUUAAUCAUUAUUCAAACUACAAAUAUGUUCAAAAGAAUCAUACUUAUUUUUCCUAUAAAAGAUAUUGCACAUAUAAUGGUUUCAAUUUUACUUUAUAUAAAAAUUAUUACUUUUUUAAUAGUAAAAUUUUGAUUUCACUAAAAGACAAUCAUCUUCUAAACUGUGUAAUGACUAAAUUAAGGAAUUCUUUUGUCAUCAAGUAGUAUUAGAUAAUGUGCCAUAAAUUAUAUCAUGGAAUAUUUAUAGGUAUACUCAUUGGCCAUAUUAUUCAUUUGAUUUUGUAAUGGAUGAUAGAUCUAAAAUAAUAAUAAAAGGACAUAAAACGUAUUAAAUACAAUACUUUCGAUUCAUUAUUAUUCGUUAGAUACCAAUUUAUGUGGAUUUUGUGGGUUUAUAAGAAGCAUGAAAUUAAUUUUUAAACGAUGACAAAUUUCGUAUACGCUGGUAUGCAAACUUUGGCAAAACCUAAAAAUUAAAUAUCCACGAGCAUGUAAGUUAUCCUUAAUCAAGGGAAAUUGGUACCUAUAAAAAUAAUAAAAUGAAUCCACCGUAUUAGUCAUUAAUUACUGGGUUUAAAGUAGAAAAUCCUAAAAUAUUUAAUCCCUGAAACAUAGUUCCCCUAGUUGUAUUCCUGCUUUGCUUUAAAGGUUGUCUGGGAAUUAAUAGGUUGUAAAUCAGAAAAAAACUAGUAGGUUGACCAUUGUAUCCCUUCUAUGUUUAAUGUAAUGUGUAUGUUAUUUCUCAGAAUGUCAUAAUAUAUGUAGUUUUAUAUACUCAAAACAAUUUACAACUAUAACAAUGUUUAGAUAACUGUAUGUCAGAAUUUAUUUUGAUUUUACAGUCAAAAUAAAUAAAUUAUCAUAUUUUU